CCCCAAGUCACCCAACCACUUGUCUAUUCUGUAUCCUAAUUCCUGACGGUAUUGCAUUGUCCGGAAGUGAUAAAGACUGGAAUCUAUAAUUUUCUAAGGUGUCACUUCUCAUUUCUCGCCGUCGACGCUUUUCCUGAUAUGGAUAUGGAUAUGGCUAAACCCAGAUACAUAAUGAGGCGUAAGUAAAGCAAGAGCACCAUAGAGUUGAGGAUUCGAAGUUUUCAGCCAUGGCAGGAGAACAGGCGAUCUCCAGCUUUCCGACGGUGGUUUAUGCAACUAUUGCAGUGGGUUUAGCGGUUCUGUUCUACUUUAGAAAAUUCCUAUUUUACAAGUGUCCAUCUCCUUUAAACCCAGCUCCUCCUGAGGUUCCAGGGUUACCUUUGAUCGGGAAUUUGUUGCAGCUGAAAGAGAAGAAACCGCACCAGACUUUCGCUAAGUGGGCUGAGAUUUAUGGAUCGAUUUACUCGAUUAGGACCGGAGCCUCGAAGAUGGUUAUUAUCAAUUCUGCAGAUGUUGCCAAACAGGUACCCAGUACCGUCUCCCUAUCACUCCUUGGUGCUUCUAUGAAUCUGCUGAGUUGAUUGAUACUCUUUCUUGGCUUCCUUCUCUAUGAAUUUGGUCCCACUUCCAUUUUUUUCUUAGGGGAUUCGACGAUGUUCUUAAGUUCUUACUCUGCUACUGCCAUUAUCGUCUUCUUCAGGACGAAACAAGGAUGGGGUAGUGAAUAGUGAAUUAGUGAUUCAGUGACUGUGACGCUAAUGGUGAUAGUGAGUGGGACCCGUUGAGUAUUUGUUUGUUACUUGUCAGUGCCGAGUGCCGAGUGCCGAGUGCCGAGUGCCGACGGUGACCCCAGCCGAUGUUGGGCCCCCUUUCGUCCUCGAGAACUUCUCUCGUCUCCCUUUUCCUUAUUUCCUUGUUUCCAUGUUGGAGCCAGAGUCCAAAAUCGAUUCCCGACAUGGUCACUGUCAGGACUCGGGGCUCAGGCUCACGCGUCAUACGAUGGUUUUGGUAGCAUCACAAGAACUUUCUUGGAGGAGAAUACUACAGUCCAGAUUCUUGUGAUGUUAGGGUUUUCUUUAGGUCUAUCGGAUUGGAGUGGAAAGGGAUUCAAGGAUGGGUUAGAUUCUAGAGAUUGGGGAUCAUAAUCGCUGGGAAGUGGGAACCCUUACUGGGAUUUCACAAUCACAGCCUACAAUAUUAUCACAAGCUGCCGGAGUUUGGAAUCCGGACAUAGCAAAACUCGAGGAUCAGAGCCUUAGUUCAGGAUAUGCCCCUUCUUGUUUCUAAUUUCCUGAGCAGGGAUUUAGUUCUCAGAGGUCCGUUUUUCCUCUACUCUUCAAUUUACGAUUUUUACCCUUGAUUCGACACCAAUACCCGAUCUAGGAGCGGCCUUGGCUGAUACUGCCUAUCCGAUUCUGAUACCUAAAUCCCUGGUCCUGAGUCUCCUGAAUGGUUUUAUAUUUGUUCAUUUUUUUUUCUGGAAUGGGAAAAGCUCUGUUUGCGAUUGAUCUACAAAUCUCUGUUUGAAAAGAAGGCAUUGUGAAUGGGUUUACUUUGCAUCUGUCACUAAUUAGUCAGAAAUGAUGUAUUUUCUUAUUUUUCUCUACCAUAUCAGUGCUCCUGUGGGUUCCAAUGUGCACCACCAGGGAUAUAAGCUUCCAGAUUUCAUAGAAAUGUCAAACUUGAACUGCUUUCGAUGAUUUUUCCUUUGAUGAAAAUCUCUUUGCUUCCA